ACCUCGCAAGCCGCGUCUCGAAGGAAGGAAGCGGACGUCGGGCGGUUGGGCGAUCCCAAUCCACGCGAUGGAGGCAAACUGAUGUGAUCGGGAUGGAUCCGGCCGUUGAUGAUGCCGCCAAGCCUCGAUCCGACGGUGGUGGAAGAUCGCCCGACAUCGGUCCUCCUCCGUCUCCGCCCGACUCCGUCCGAUCUCUGCCGUCCGAUCCUCCGCCGGUGGUGGAAAAGUCCGUCACUUGGAGCAGCGAUCUGACGAGGGAGGCCCCUUCCUCCGCAGCCGGAUACGGCCAUGGCGGCGCCUCCCCGGUGCCGACCGGUCACAACCCCUACAUCGCUUCCUCACCCACGGUUACCGACAACCAAAAUGCGUUGGAAACGGUCAAAAACGUGCUUAGCAGUUGGGGGAAGAAAGUCAGGGAGACGGCAAAGAAGGCCGAGGAUCUGUCAAGAAACACAUGGCAACACUUGAAAACAAGCCCUAGCUUUACCGAUGCCGCUAUGGGUAGAAUUGCUCAAGGUACCAAAGUUAUAGCAGAAGGUGGUUAUGAGAAGAUUUUUCGGCAAACUUUUGAUUCAUUUCCUGAUGAGCAACUGAGAAACUCUUAUGCCUGCUAUCUGUCAACAUCAGCUGGUCCUAUUAUGGGAAUUCUGUACCUCUCUUCUGCAAAACUUGCAUUUUGUGGUGAUAACCCUCUUCCUUAUAAAGUUGGAGAUCGAACUGAGUGGAGCUAUUAUAAGGUUGUUAUACCCUUGCAUCAGCUGAGAGCAGCUAAUCCUUCAAUAAACAGUGCAAAUUCUGCAGAAAAAUACAUUCAGAUCGUCUCAGCUGACAAUCAUGAGUUUUGGUUCAUGGGAUUUCUUAGUUACGACACCGCUGUGACGCAUCUGCAGGAAGUUUUGCAUGAUAUAAACAAAUCACAAUCAUAAUGAUGGCUUCGAGAUCCUAGUUUUCGUUCUUAUGCUUUCCGACAACAAUGCUGAGCUUCAUAGGAAUUGUGUUUAUCCAUGUCUGUUGAUCUUCCAGCUCUUGUAUCUACUGAGGCAGUUGACUUGGAUUAUACUUUGCAUAUUAAAAUGGGUGGUAUAAGUGUUUGAUUACCCUCGUAUGGAUCUACGCUGUUGUUUCAAUUGGAUUUUGGAAUAAUCU